AUGGACUUGGAUCGAGAAAGUGUCGAGAAACAUUACGACAAUUUCAGCAAAAAGUAUUUGGCGGAUAUAGAUGCCCGUAUAGAAGCACAAGGUCUACCACCCGCAGAAACUUACUUAGAGCAAGUGAAAAGAAGACUCCCACUUUUAGCAAAAGAUUAUUUGAUACGUGAAGCAAAUAAACGGGCAGCUCUGGAAGCCGCAAACGAUGACAAUACCUCUACAGGAGAUGCUCAGCCAUCUUCUUCCAACUCGGAAGCAACCUGUUCGAGCGCAGAGUCAGUUAUGUCGGAACAAACUGCCUCGAAUAGUUCAGGCAUCUUCGAGAAAGGGAAAGACUUUAAGAAAAAAGAGCAUUGCAUUCAUUUCUCUGGUAAACAGGUAUAA